AGUGUUGUUUGAAGAUCAGUACUGUAGGUUACGAUUGCUCAAGGUUCCAUCUACUCAAAAUGUCUGAAAAGCCCGUGCUUUGUGGAGGGGUUGCCGAGGACUCGGACCACGACAGUGCGGAACACGCCGAACGUAUCGUAGCUGCAUUGGCCUCGACGGACGGGCAUGCUGGAAAGACGUACAAGCUGCACCGUGUGACCAAGCAAGUCGUUGCAGGAAUGUUGUUUACGUACAUCAUUUCGUUCGAAAAUGAUGAAUCUGGCCAGCAGUACAAGAUCACCGUUUGGGACCGACCGUGGCUGAAGGAGUCACAACCGGACGAAGCCCUGAAGAUCACGUUCGAGAAGCAUACAUAGGCGGAUGCUGCAUCAGUGCUGAGCUGAUUAUAUGAGUCACAUCAUGAGUCAUAUUUGUUCAACAAUCGGUGAUUAUGGGGAAGGCGAUGCCGUUUCUUUGUUCUUCAAAAAGAAAUUUUUUGUUGUAUGAUUUGUUUAGUUCUACAUUGUUUUAUCAUUUAAUAACAAACAUAUUUCACGUUUUACUUGUUUGGUUAGGCUUUGUUACACGAAUCUCAAUAAAAUCGAUUUAACCAUUUUUUUUUAUUUUAAUAGUUAUCGCCCUCACUGCACAUAGAGCAAACAUUAGUUUUCAGUUCAUGACAAACAUAUUUCCCAAAAACAAAUAUGGAAUUCAAAACAAAUUCAAACAAAGAUGCUGUUUUGCGCCCAAAAGAUAAGACAUGAAAAAAUCUGUUGUGUAAUGCUUGUGAGUGAAGAGAACAAGAAUCAGUAAAUGCUACUAUUAUUAUAUUAUCUUAAAAUUGUUAAAAAUAUAUACAAUAAAAUUGUGUGUGCUAUC